AGGUCUUCAGCUCAGUGAUUUGGCUAAUGCUCCCUUGAGGUUGGCCUCAUGGUUGGGGAUCAAGUGCAAAGUGUUUGAUUUUAUGCUUGGAUUCUGACAGUUCAAAUGAUAUGAAGUCUGAUCUCAGUCAGGCUCAGAGCUUAUUGUUGUGAUAGUGAAGUCCUUCCCUCAUCUUAUCACAUCAGACAGAUAUGCUACCUACAGCCACAAGCAACUGUGAUUCCUCUUCCAACAACGACACUCUGUCAAAAUGCAGGGGUAUCUUCACCUCUUCUCUGCAGAAGGUCUUGGAACAAGUCCAUCCACUUCUGACAGCAACUCCACAUGCAUUGGCACAUGUUGAAGGUCUUAUCCUACAACUGCUAGAGAUUUUGUGUGCUGCUCCUUCUCCUCAUACUGUUGCAGACAUAGAGGAACGGGUGCAGCAUAACUUCCCAAACCCCCUUGAUAAAUGGGCCAUUAGAGAUGCCAAGGAUGCAUUGGAAAAGGGGAAAAAGAAAAGCUCCUUGGUUCUUCCUGUUGACAAGGUCCAUCACCUCCUGCAGAGAGUGAGUUCUCCAUAUAUAACUUUGAUGACGGCAUCAGUAUUCAAGAGUUUCUCCUCCUGUGGUGCAAAUACUUAUUUGCGUGAUGACUUUGGGUCAACUGAAGUUCAUUUUAGCGAUAAUUAUGGAGAUGAUCCAUCAUACCCCGGACAUUGA